CGCGCAUGGAGGCGGCGGCGGCCCCGACCCCGGGCGGCGGCCCCGGUACCCUGCUGCUCUGCCUGGCCCUCGCCUCCGGCUUGGCACUCUUCAGCUGCGUGGGCGCCGAUACCAACGUCACGGCCGGGCACGGCACGGAGGGGCUCAGCUGCGGCACAGCCAAGGCAUGCACAGGGAACGGCACGCAGCCGCGGCGGCAGGGCCACUUCUCGCGGUGCCCGGAGGAGUACCAGCACUACUGUGUCAAGGGCAGGUGCCGCUUCCUCGUGGCCGAGCAGGCCCCCGCUUGUGUGUGCGAGCGGGGCUACACCGGGGCUCGCUGCGAGAGGGUGGAUCUGUUCUACCUGCGAGGGGACCAGGGCCAGAUCGUCAUCAUCUCCCUGAUCGUCGCCAUCGCCGCCCUCAUCAUCCUCGUCGUUGGCAUCUGCCUCUGCAGCCACCACUGUCGGAGGCAGCGUAGGAAGAGGAAGGCAGAAGAGAUGGAAACGCUAAACAAGGAAGGACCUUCCAGAAGUGAAGAUGUGCGGGAAACGGGCAUCGCAUGAAGGAGCUCCCGGUACCUGCGGGCGGGUCCCGGACGGCAGCAGCGGCUGGCUGCAUGGGCGAGGGCUAAAGCGUGCGGCGGCUUGAAUAAAGGGGUGACGGAAAGUUGUCCCCAGUGGUGUCGCCGAUGUCCUUGGGGCGCGGGGACUGCGCUGCCUCACCGCGGCCUCCAGACGGCGACACUGAGCUGGGGCGGGGGCGGCCCGCCUGCAGUGCCCGCAGUGGCCACGCGAGGGCGACACAACCGCGGGGCCUCCGCCCCGAUCCCGGUCCCGGUCCUGCUCCCGGUCCAAGGGGCUCUGCCGGGUUCGGGUCCCGU